UGGAUGCAGAGAGCCAUGAAGAAUUUAUUAUUGAUACCAGAAGUAGUUCUCAUUGCUUUUCUUUCUCUUACAGAAGGGAGCUGUAAUUUUGAAGAUAUACGUCUGUAUGACAAUGGAGAGGCUAAUGAAACUAAAGGGAUGCUUCAAAUUUGUGAUGGUGUGAAAUGGACUGCUGUCUGUGACUAUCAAUGGAGGCAAGAAUAUUCGGUUGCUCUCUGUAAUGAUUUGGGUCACACUAAUCCAACACCACUGACAGUAUCAAACAAUGGCUCGUGGUCUACAAUAAGUUAUGUUGCAAAAUAUACCUUAUCAUCCUCUACUCCUACAUGCUACAAUAACAACAAUACAAUAGUCAAUUGCUUGACAAAUUCAUCCAGUUAUGUUACAAGCUAUUAUGCACAUUACUACUGUAAUACUGCAAGAGACACACUUUAUAUCCAAUGUGACUUUGAUAUGGGUACAUGUACAAGUGGAUCCAUUCGUCUGUACAAUAACAGGACAUCCAGCUCUAACAGUUUAAGUGGAAUGCUCCAAAUCUGUGAUAAUAAUGGGCGCUGGACAGCUGUUUGUGGUUAUAGAUGGAGGUGUAGUACAUCAAAAGUAGCUUGCAAGCAGUUAGGCUACACAGGAAACAAUGUUCAAUAUAAAAUUGGUUCUGGGCCAUGGCCUAUUUUUGGAUUUGGACCAUAUUCUUCUUGUAGUAGUAGCUAUAGUAAUUUGAAUUUUUGUAACAGGUAUUCAAGUUUCUACAGACAAACUGCACGUUACUGUAAUCCACUGUCAACCACUGUUUAUCUUACAUGUGACACAACAGCUCCAAAAAAUGAAAGCUGUGCUGAAAAUUACAAGACCAGAUUAGUCAACGGGAAAGACACUGAAACCAGUAUAGAGGGAAGAGUUGAAAUCUGCUAUAGAAAUGCAUGGACUCCAUUCUGUAAAUAUGUCUAUGGUUAUUACAGUGGAUACUAUUAUUAUUACUACAACUCAGCACAAAUUGGUGCACUUUUGUGUAACAGCCUUGAUGACUCUCGAGUUGCAACAAACUUAUCAGUAUUAUAUAGAGACAGUCGGUUUGGUGUGUCAACUGGGAUAGAAUCAAUAGCAUAUAUGAGAUGCCCUGGCAAUGGUCUCAGAUACUGUAGCUUCACUCAAAAUUUUUAUAGUUGUACAUGCCCUGCCUCACUUGGUCUUAAAUGCUACUACAGGACAGAUUGCAAUGAAGGAGAGAUACGACUAGUCAAUGGUACAAUAGACAGGGAAGGUCGAUUGGAAAUAUGCACUAAUGGAGUAUGGGGUGGUUUCUGUUCCAGCAACUUUAGGAAAUCUGCCGCUCAUGUAGCCUGUAAACAAGCUGGAUAUGGAGAUGUUAAGGGAGCUAUUAUUUACACCAAUGGUGAGUUUGGAGUUGGGGAUGGUCCAGUAAUCUAUGGGAAUGUUGAGUGCUUUGGUCAUGAGAACUACAUUGCUGACUGCUCAAAGGUUGUGGCACCAAAUUUUAAUUGCUACUCUUAUGCUGGAGUUGGUCUCCUCUGUCGUGACAAUUGCAGUGAAGGGUCUAUACGACUUACAGGUGGAAAGCAUUCCUAUGAAGGAUAUGUAGAGGCUUGCAUUGAUGGAGUGUGGACUCUUGUUUCUGCUAAUGGUUGGGAUGAUGCUGAUGCUAGAGUAGUAUGCAAGCAACUCAAAGCCUAUGGCACAUCUGCUGGGGAAGCAGUUGAUAAUUCGCCUUAUACAAGGUCCAACAAAGCCAUAAGGUUCUCUAACGUUUAUUGUAUUGGAAAUGAAGACAUGUUGGAGGACUGUAGGCAUCACACAAUUGAGCUGGAUGAUGGAAAAAGUUAUAAUGGACCAGUAGCUGCUGUUGACUGCAAAGUGACUAUCUCAAUUACAAACACUGCAACAUUACCAACACAAACAUCAACACCACAAACAAGUAAAGCUCGAUCUCUGAAAACGGAGGAUGCAAUUUUAGGAAGUGGAGUAGGAUUGCUUAUAUUGGCUAUAUUCAUCCUUGUUAUUGGUAUAAGUAUUAUGGGAUGCAUCAUGAAGAGAAUGAGGAAGCUCUCUAUUGCUAGAGGAGGUCGCAACAAGGAACAAACAAUUAGAGUGCAAAAAUCUCUAGAGGAAGAGGUUGGAUAUGAUGUAGUAGGCUUCUAAUGAUUAUGUGAUAAUAAUUAUAACUCAUGAACAUAGACUAGUAGUAGGUUGUAUCUUUUGUGUUAAUUUAUCAUUAUAUAAACAUGUACUUUUAAUCAAUUGUACUCCUAUGGCCUUUUGCCAUCUUUUGUGUUACAUACAAUGAGCUAACGCUCUGUCCAGUUUAUAAGGACUCACUCAAUAGUCUAUUUCAUAUGUACUUAUGUACAAUAGUUUCCUUAUUUUUAUUAUGUUUUUAAAAUAAGUUGUGUAAUUUUACAGCACUUGUAUUCCUUUUUCUAGUAAAAGUAUUUUAAAUUAA